CGAUCGGUUCCCUUUUGGGGCCGUCUAGCAUCGUCCAGUAUGUACAACUGUAUCUACCAUCUCGGCCUUCACAGCUAGGUACACUGAAUUGAGGUCGUCUGAUACGACUCUUCGGAUUUUUUUCGUCCUGUCGACAUUGAAACAACCUCCUGUCGUUAUUCUUCUAGAGACCCGAUUGGUUUGCUAGACUAAGCUAGAAUGGUUGCAGGUGAGUAGUCGAUCAGGCGAAGGUGAGAACCUGAUGUAGGUCCAAGCAGGUACGGUGCUGCGGACGAGUCUGUUGAUACACGACUUGCGUCAUUGAGCUGUUUUGAGAGUUCGGAAGUCCAAAGUUGGUUGUUCGGGUCUGUCGACUGUCGUGUCCGGUUGCUUGCAGCGACAGUGGGAUAACAGUGGAAACAUGAGCUUAGAGUUCGAUUUGCUUAGCUUGGGUGUAGCGGAAAUCGUGACCACCAGGUUUAGAUUUAGGUGGAUUGUGAAUGCCGACAAUCUCGUUGCCGACUUCGGAAAUUUCACCCACUCGCCCAAACCUGAUGAGAAGUUGCGGCGUCGGUGUAUCCAUAGUGUGUUUGUAUUCAAAUAGUUGCGCUUGUUGCAUGUGAGCGAUUAAUAGGCCAUCCAGGUCAAGUUUAGUUUGAUAUCUACUCCUGGUUAGGUGAUUUAAAGCGCCGUGGUCACUACUCAUUCUUCCUAGUCUUCCUCUCAAUAUAAGUGUGCAACUUAUAUUAGUUGCACACUUUACAAGCAUAAACUUUCACGUCUACAACUUGCAGCGCUCCUACAACUGUACCAAACAAAUUGGCUUCAUGGCAUUUAUGAGCAGGUGGUGUAGUAUGUUAAUUGUGUAGUCCGCUUACUAACUCUAUGUCUCAUCAGGUGCCACUAAUGGUCUUUGGAAAGCAGGAUCGACGUGCCAAUGUAGAUUGAAGCUAUUGUUUCUGGAUCGUCUGGAUAAUUGGAGGAGCAGACCUACUUGUGCAGGUCCAAUUCUCCGUAAAAGAAUAGAUCAGGAAUGCGCCAUGGGACAAGGGUCGGGUGGAAUGCUUUAAACAGGGCAGGGUCAUGUAAUUCGCAGUGGAAGUUUCGUAGCCCGAGGCAGAGAAAGUCGACCGUGCAUUGGGGUCAUGUUAGAAAUGGCGGACAUGCACUCCACUAGUAUUGGUAGGAAAGGGGUGCCAGGAAGAGAUGUGCAAGCAAGCUCCUCUUGGAAGGAGAGGAGACAGUGCGAAUGCAGAUUGAACAGGCUUUUGUUACUCGUUGUGGCAUUGCUAGCUGCAGCAUCAUUCAAUGUGUGUUUGGCACAGAGCUUCAACGAUGCCGUCGCAUACUUAGAUAAUGCUGAGAAAGAGGUCAUGAGAGUUGCCGCAAAAGCCACCGAAAAUUUUGCCAACACUUGUGGCUUGGUGGCUUCCUGUGGAGAGAGCUGCUCAAGACAGUCGUGCGAACCAUUGGAAGGGGACCUCGACUUGUUGACGUGCAAAAAUGUUGCGCUCAAUCCAACUUGUAUUGAUUUCAAAGGCAAUCGUGGAUGUUCACAGCUGCGAGUUACUCUCUCUAAGAGUUACGUGAGAGUUCCCACUCCACUCAAUGUAACUCUGACAACUGCAGCCAACACACAAUCUGCAGUCAGAGGAUGCUCGAUCCCCUUUUUAUGGAAAUUUCAAAAAAUAACAACGCAAGCAACCUCACUUCGUGGUUCUACCUUGGAUCAGUAGAAGGGUUGCAGCGUUCAUUUCCUGGUCGAGAUGUGUCACGGACGAGUUGCACAUUUGAGCCCAGAAAGCGUCCGUGGUACAUGGGUGCAACAGCCGUAACGAAGGAUCUUGUCAUUCUUUUAGAUAAAGGAAACUCGAUGGGCGGUGCUUUACCUGGUGAUAUUUUAAUUUCUAGAGAUGUCACAAAGUUUAAUGCAGCUGUAAACAUCGUCAAGGAUCAUCUGGAUGCCCUGACGUAUGGUGAUCGUGUAUCAGUUCUUUCAUUCUCACGCAAGCGCGACUUGGUGUACAAGACAAUGGUGGCCAAUGGUAUGCCUUCCUACUCACAGCCCUUGAAAGACGAGCUAGAUAGAUUGUCUGUGAAUGCCAGGCAAGGGGUUCCCGAUCUUUUAUCACGGAUUCUAAGAGUCAAUGAAACCUAUUCUCGCAGACCCAGAUCUCAAGUUCUUAAAAUCAUGUUCGUCAUUACAGACGGGCGGUUUGCUGAUGAAACCAUACUGCCUGAGUUAAGCCCAGCCCUUCAACAAUUGAGGUCACAAAACGUUUUGUCAUUGUUCUACAGCUUCGAUCGCAGUGAUCCUGCCAAGGCUGUUUUAUCCAGUAUAGCUUGCAAUGUGAGUGGCGUAUACGAGCGCAAUGAAAAUACGGUCCAGAAUCCUCUUUGGACCCUGAGGUCUUACUUUGGAAUCAUAGCUCAAUGGCGCUUGAAGGCUGUUGCCUACAGGCCUUACUGGAUUAAGCCCUAUAGAGAUAGUGGUAGCCUCGAAGACGUUAUAACUGUUGCUUACCCCGUCUUUGCGCCAGAUAACUACACACUUAUUGGGGUAGUUGGUUCCGAUGUUAUCAUAAACGAGUUGGGCUCCAUGGCCACUGCUGGCUUUUCUUCUGCAUUGGUUGGACGACCCACUGAUGAUUCCAUCUCUGUUACUCCUGAACCCCUCCCUCGCAAUGUGCAGUUAUCGACCUUGAACACGUGCUCCACUGUUGUAGCUCCUGCUAAUCCUCUAUGCGUCUCUAAUGACACCAGCGGCGUUUCAGUUGAAGAAAGUGUUUGUAAUUGUCCUCCCACAUGCAAAGCUCCACAGAGUAGCGACUCCAAGGCCUUAAUAUCAGUAGCUGUGAUCGCUGGCGCAGCAAGCGGAGGUGGUGCUCUUGCCCUACUAGCCGCUGGUUUUUUAGUUGUGUAUUGCUUCAGGCGUAGGUCCAAGGCUCGGAAGAUAGAAAAACAGGUCUCUGUUGUAGCGACCAACGCUUCAAGCUCGGAGAAAACCCUAACUGCAUAUUUUCAGGGUGGAAAACUUUUGAAAGGGAGCACAUCUAGGUUUUCUGAACCCCGGCCCAACUCAGUUGUCUCUGAUUCUUCUUCACGAAGGCGAAAAAGUUCUAAAGCUGCGGCUUGGCCUGUUAGAAAUCAAUCCGUCGGCAGAGACGUGGCGUGUUUCACAAUGGAGGAGCUCGAGGAAGCAACCAACAACUGGUCAAAGGAAGCGCUCCUAGGUAAAGGCACCUGUGGCAGUGUCUACAAGGGAAGGCUACAUGGCGUGAUUCGGGCGAUCAAAAGACCUGACACGAGUGAAGACGUUGCCAAGUCUACAUUUGACAAGGAACUGGACCUGCUGUCCAAGUUGAACCACACGUGCCUGGUGCGUCUUAUCGGCUACUGCGAAGAUGAGCGUGUGCUUGUGUUCGAAUACAUGCAGAAUGGCACUCUGGAAGACUGCCUCCACAAGAACCGCCUGGAGAGGGCUUUAAGCUGGAAAGAGAGGCUGAAAAUCGCCGCAGGUGCUUCUAAAGGUCUAGAGUAUUUGCACGAAUACGCCACUACCAUGAUCAUCCACGGUGAUGUGAAGCCAGCCAACAUCUUGUUAGACGAGAAGCUGGAGGCCCACAUCGCGGACUUCGGGCUGUCUCUCUCCAGCCACGAUCAGAAUGUGUCAAUGCUGUGGGCUUCGCGCAUGGGGGGAACUCCGGGGUAUUUCGACCCAGAGUACUCUUCCCUUGGUUCUUUCACGCCGAAGAGUGAUGUCUACAGCUUUGGGGUCGUGCUUUUGAAAAAAUUUAGUGGGCGGAAAGUGGUCCACGAGAGAAGGAACAUCACGAGCUGGGCUGCUGAGAUGUGUGAGCAAGAUGUGGCGUUAAUCUUAGACUCCAGCUUGGAGCCAUCCCAGCGGGUAGACUCUAUCCACCCGAUCAUUCGCCUGGCUUUACAGUGCGUGCAGACGGAGCACCGAUAUCGUCCGAAAAUGAAAGAUGUGGCUGCCAAGUUUAGCAGCGCGGUUGCAGACUGGAAUAAGUUUGAGUGGGAGGCUUCGUCGACUGUUAGAAAUCAUCCCAGUCGGAGGCAGCAUCCUCAGUACGGGACUUUUUCCCAUCCUUCAGACGGAUUCGAAGGAGAAUUAUAUGUACCAUAACUUCUAAACAGCAGCCCUGCGGAAUCAUGCCGCCAAGUCCUCGAUAGAUUCGGCCCGUAAUUCAUCUGAUCUGCCAUUCGCAGAAUUCUAGAGUGUGUUGCCUUUGGGUCUUGGAAGCUUUCAUAGCUGCCAACUGCUGUGCAUGUGUGCACAAUUUUCGCUAGGCAGCGUGUAAUUUUACCGCCUCAGACGCAGCCCAUCUGUGACUUAAACAUUCAAGUCAUCGUCGCUGAAAUGAGUACCUCACCUCCCCUCGUGCGGCUAUGGGCAGAUGAUCAGCCCUUCCUUCUCUCUACACAGCUGAAAAACUAGCAACUAGUUCUAUCUGAACUUCAAUCGGUUGAUUGUAGUCCUUACGAUUCAGUUUCUUUAGAAUCUGUUCGGGCACCGACUUCAUUCCUUCUAGAGAUAAACCAGCUAGUCUCUGAUUGUUUGAGCACUACCUUCAUAGGGAUGAUCAUGGUGCUCACUUGUUCAUGCAAAUAUUCUAGAUCAUCCUCUCGUUGUGUGCUAUGUCCUUGAGGGCAGACUUUGGGAAUUAUCUGUAGUUGUGUGGUGGCGUAUUUGUAAUAUAUAUAUAUAUAUAUAUAAAUGUGUAGUUGGAGGUGUGUUUUUGUCAGGCACCCACAAGUGGAAAAGAUCAAAACUCAUCAUAAAGAGAAAGAAAUGUUUUUCUGAUUUCACUAAGUUUGGAGAUUUUGGGUUUAAUCAAAAACUCUACAACCGUCAACCCUAA